AUGGCCAACAAGCCCACGGCCAAGGCGGCGUGGGACGCACUGAAGACACGCCACAUCGGCGUCGAUCGGGUACGGAAGGCCAGGGCGCAGACUCUGCGUCAAGAGUUCAACGGCCUCACCUUCAAGGAGGGGGAGACCGUCGAUGACUUCGCGUAUCGUAUCACCAAGAUCACUGACCAGCUCGCCAUCUUGGGUGAUGCCUACGAGGAAGAGAAGAUCAUCCGCAGUCUCCCUAGAGGAGUUGGUGGGCGGCUCAAGGCGAUUGAGGAACGGCUCGAUCAUGGGAGAGGAAAAGGCGGCGGAGGCUCGGGUGGCGGUGGCGUCGGCAAGGAGAUCGACGGCAAGCUGUAUUUCACCAAGGAGCAGGUGAUGGCGCGCCUCACGUUCCGCCUCAACCUCAACUCUGAUGGGUCAGCGGGGCGCGGCAAGCGUCGCGGCGGUACGGGCCGUGGCAAGGAACGCGGGAAGGAAACACGUUCAGGAUACUAG